AUGCCGUCAACUACCGAAGAGGGAGAUAACCCCUCAAAACAUACCAAUCCUUUAAGCGAGACCCAAAAUAACGAAUCAUGGCAAAGCUCCGGUGACCGCGUAGCACCUGCACCACAACCCGCAUCCGCCGCGCAACCCCUCUCCAAACACGCAACUCACAUCUACACCGUCUCCUAUUUAAUCUUCUUCUCGCUUCUUGGCACACUGGCCCGCCUAGGUCUACAGGCUCUGACAUUCUACACAGGCGCCCCCGUCGUGACAGGGGUGCUAUGGGCGAAUGUAACCGGAAGCCUAAUAAUGGGGUUCCUGAGCGAAGACCAGAAGUUAUUUCGCGAAGAGUGGGGUAAAAAGCCAGCCAAAGAACCAGCUACAGACAGAGCCGAGGACGAACCCAAGAUCAAGAACAAGAAACACAUGGCCGUGAAGAAGACCAUCCCAUUGUAUAUUGGUCUGACGACCGGGUUCUGCGGUUGCUUCACCUCCUUCUCAUCCUUUAUGCGGGAUGUCUUCCUCGCCCUGGCAAAUGCCCUCCCCGAUCCGUCGCGGCCUACCGGAUCCCAUCCGGCCUCCCGUAAUGGCGGGUAUAGCUUCAUGGCGCUGGUCGCUGUGAUUCUACUCACCGUGUCGCUGAGCCUAUCGGCGCUUAUCGUCGGCGCGCAUCUUGCCCUGGCUCUACAACGCGUGACACCCACCGUGCCCUUUGCGUUUACGCGACGAGUCCUCGACCGUGUUGUGGUCGUGCUUGCCUGGGGAUGCUGGCUCGGAGCAGUGUUCCUGGCUAUCUGGCCGCCAGACCGACACAAUGGCCCGGAUGUGUGGCGUGGCCGGGCGGUGUUUGCUAUUGUCUUUGCACCGCUUGGCUGUCUUCUUCGGUUCUAUGUCUCGCUGCACCUGAAUAGCAGGAUUCCGACCUUCCCGCUCGGCACGUUUACGGUUAAUAUCUUUGGGACUAUUAUUGAGGGUCUUUGCUAUGACUUGCAGCAUGUCAGUGGUCUUGGAGCCGUGGUUCCUGCUGCUAUGACGGGUUGCCAGGUGCUGCAGGGUGUUAUGGAUGGAUUCUGUGGGAGUACGACUACUAUCAGUACUUGGGUUGCUGAGUUGAAAGGACUGGCUCAUCGACGCCAUGCGUAUUUGUAUGGAAGUGCCAGUGUGGUUGUCGCACUUGGGUUUUUGGUUGUUAUAAUGGGCUCAUUGUUGUGGACGCGUGGGUUUGCCGAGCCUGUGUGUGGAUAG